GAUAAUCUUAAUGAAACGUGUUUUAUAUAAAUUUCGCUAAUUUAAUUUAAUUUAAUUUAUUAAUACAAUGAGGCACCCCACCAAGUGGGUCGUUACACCUCAAGGCUAAGCUACAUAUAAACCCAAACAAGUGUGGAAGUAGUGGAGCAACGGGAAAAUACCACAACCACCUUCUUCACCUACACCAGAAGGUUACCUUACCAGAAGCUCAAUCACACUACAACUUUGGUGAGCGAAGGUUAACUAUAUUUCCACCGUCUCUACGUUUCAUUGGAAUAGUCACCUGAAAUAUAAGCACGCAUGUAAAAAUUGUAUUAUUUUGCCAACGAAUUAUUUUUCUGAAAUGCCUCGACUCUGCGUGGUCAACCUGGAUUACGAACAAACUCCAGCCGGCCGUGGUUGGGUGGUCGAGAUCAACGGUUUGGAUCACAUACAAGCUCAACACUUCCAAAGCCUUGUGACUUGCAAGGUCGAAAAGACGAGCGUCGUCACGGUCAUCAUUGGACCAGGCGAGGAACUCAAAUUUCUUGGCGGGGACAUCUUCAACCACGAACCUGUCCGCUCCAUUAUGGAUUCAUAUUUUGAAAUAUUGGAUUUUUUAGGAUAUAGGUUGAUUGGCGUCAGCACGUCGACACAUCCGGAGAACGGAAAGCGGUCCAUAUGGACGAUGGGACACGUUAUUUAUUAGCUCAGAUAAAUAUCUUGUAUUAUUUUAUUCCAAUUUGUAUAAUUAUAUACAUAUUAGAAAACUCAUUCUUGUAAAAUUUGACUUUGACGUGUGAUUCUAUUCUACCCAGACAUCACCCAAUUCUACGAAAUCUCCGAAAAUUGUUAUUAUUUGCAAUAAUUAACCUUUGUAGCCUUUUUUUCCAAACCAGACCGAUUUAAUUUAUUAAACAAAUAAUUAAUGUCAAUGCUCUAGUGAAAAGUUUCGAGGCAAGGAAAACGUCGCAAAUUUUGUAACUCACGAUACCCGACUAGAUACGAAAUAAAUUUUUCUAAAAAUUAA